AUGCCGCCUGACUGGCACAAAGGACCGGACGACUCAUGGCAUGGCAAGAUCACGCCAGACGGCCCGUUCAAGCCGGAGAAGGAUCGCUAUCACCUCUACAUCGGCUACUUCUGCCCUUUUGCACACCGUGCUAACCUGGCUCGACUGCUGAAGAAGCUGGACAAGUAUGCGGGCAUUGACCUGAGCAUUGUCAAGCCGUACCCGAAGGGUAACGAGAAAGGAUGGCCGGGCUGGCGCUUCAACCACAAAGACGAGCCUUUCUACGAGGGUGCAACGGAGGACAAGCUGUUCGGCAGUCAGUUCAUGCACGAGGUGUACUUUCGAGCCGACUCGGAAUACAAGGGCAGAUACUCGGUGCCGGCCUUGUGGGACAAGAAACUCAAUACAAUAGUCAACAACGAAAGCGCGGAGCUGCUGAGAGAUUUACAAACUGCGUUCGACGAGCUGUUGCCAGAAGAUCUGAGAGGGGCCUUCCUCUACCCGGAGCCGUUACGGAAAGAGAUUGAUACUAUCGCCGACUGGAUGGGCACACACCUCAACACUGGAGUAUACAGUGCUGGCUUCGCGCCGAACCAAGAAGUCUAUGACAAGAAUCUCCCACCUGUGUUCGCCGCUCUCAACAAGCUCGAAGCAAUCGCCGCUUCCAACGGUGGGCCGUACAUCUUAGGCAAACAAAUGACCGAAGUCGAUGUGCGCGCAUACGCCACCGUCGUUCGUUUCGAUCCCGUGUAUGUGCAGCACUUCAAGUGCAAUCUCGGUACGAUCCGCUACACCUACCCGAUCCUGCACAACUGGCUGAAGGGCUUGUACUGGGAUCAUCGAGAGUAUCAGAACUCGACGGAGUUUAGGCACAUCAAGGAGAAUUAUACGAAGAGUCACUAUGACGUAAAUCCGAAAGCCAUUACGCCUAUGGGCCCAUGGCCGAAUGUAGAGAAGGGUUAUGAAAGCGAUUGGUCGAAGUUGAAGGCUGGGAGAAUUGAUAUGCCGGAGGUGCUGGAGUGGGAGAAGAAGAUGGGCUGA